UAUUUUAAGACAGACUUAAAAAAUUGUGAACCUACCCUUUAAGGCAUAGUUGGAUCAGAAGUGUGAUUUUAUUUGCGAUUGAUUUUUUUGUUAUUGAUUUCAUAACAACCAAACUGAUGAAAGCCUCCCUAUAUACCCACAAGAUCUCCAAAUAAUUCAUCACAUAGACCAUGCAGCACCUCUUGGAUGCACACGCACACACAAACACACACACACACACACACAUAUAUAUCAUGUUAAAAAUUAUCUAAAAAACAAAGACAGAUACGACUUGUAAUAUGAAAAUGAAAUGAAAACAAAAUAAAUAAUAACAAUAAUACCAAUAUUUUCCUGACUAGCCCCAUGUAUGGACCAUUCCAUUUGAAUAAUAUCUAGAAAGGAUAAUCUAAUCUAAAUCUAUAUGGGAACUUUCUAUUAGCUUAAUGGUAAAUGGUGUUGUCAGUUAAUGACUGACUGUACAAGUAUUGCAACACUGUGCAAAUAUAGGUGAGGUAAUGCCACGCAAUGGAACAAACACACACACACACACGCACACACACACAUACACACUACAAACACUCACAGGUCAGAGACACACAAUCUUGAUUUUGUUAAAUUCUUAUUUCUAAGAAGCAAUUCAUCUCAUACCUGUUCAUUGUAAAACAUUGCUUCCUUUUCCACAAUCUGCCGGCUAUUUUCCAUUUGUACAGUACUCACGCCCACAUAGAUUUUAUGAAAUCAUCAGAAAAUGUUUCCAAACCCAGGAAUUUCACACUACUCCACUAGAGAGCAUCUGAAAGACGGUUGUAUUUCAUUUAAAGUUAAUAUUUGUACAUACUCUUAACUACAGAUUCUUGUAUGCUUGAUAAUACAUGUCAAAUAUAUAUCAAGACAAUUAUGCUGAUAUAGUCAGGUGCUGUUUUCCGUUAUAUUUGUAUGAAGUGCAGAUUGAGCAGGAUUCUUUCAUAUCCUGUGCCAUUUCUGAAGCCCAUUUGCCAGUCCUCCCCUGCCCAGAGACACUGGCACAUGAAGAAAGGCAGCAGAAUUGUGAGGAAAGAAAGAUGAGACGACUCAGAUACAGAAGAGAUGAAGUUUGCCCGCUUCAUUUACUGCAAAUGCUGUCUCUUUGUUCGAAAGGUCUUGGAGCUGAUGAAGAAAUCUCAAGGGGGGAAAACAACAUGGCAAAAUAAUUCAGCAGGGGUACAUGGUAAUAAUAACAAAUACCAAUCCAAGCAUUCAGAAGAGGACCGACGAGAAGAGACAGAAGGAAGCAUUUAAAACUCAGAGGAGGAACAACAUGUGACUGUUUGUUUGUGGGGGAACAACAGAAUACCAGGACUGCCAUUUCUCCCAUGAAUUUGGUUCAGAUUGUGACCAUUUAAAAGUCUGAUUUUGGCUCUACUGUGUACCCCACCCUUAAGCUGUUACUGCAGGAGGACAUUUGUUUCUGACUGUGUGUGUAUUGAAACAGGUCAGCGGCAUGGCUCGGCUUUGCUUGUGUGUCUGCAUAUGCAUGAGUGUAUGGGUGCACACUUCCCUUGGGCUUCCACCCCAGCACCGUGGGUGGCUGCGGUUGUGGGAGGAAGGUGAGGGUUGCGGGGAGUGUGAUCAGAACCUUUGUCCCCGAGUGCCUGACAAAUGCCCUGCAGGCUGGGUGCAGGACAACUGUGGGUGCUGUGAACAGUGUGCAAACGUGGAGGGGCAGCAGUGUGAUCCGGAUGGCGCUCAGAAGUUUUAUGGCCGCUGUGGGGACGGCCUGGUCUGCCAAAGAAAAAUACCAAAGAGGGGACGCAGGGCUCAGCCAGAACCUACAUGUGUGUGCCAGGAUCAGGGCUCGGUGUGUGGCUCAGAUGGGUGGACCUAUCCGAAUGUGUGCCAGCUGAGAGAGGCCGCCAGUCGCAGCAACACUACCCUGAAGUUCACCAGGAGAGGACCCUGCUUCUCUGUUCCCCGCAUCCUCAGAGGCCCCAAAGACCUGUCCAACUACACAGGGGUCGACAUUGUGUUUACCUGCGAGGUCUCAGCGUACCCUCUUCCGAACCUGAACUGGAAAAAGAAAGGAAGUGACAAUUAUCUGCCAGGGGAUGAUCCUCACGUAUCUGUCCAGGCUCGAGGUGGUCCCCAGCGCUACACCGUCUCUACCUGGCUCCAGAUACAGGGUCUCCAUGUCUCUGAUGCAGGGGUUUACUCGUGCGUCUCCCACAAUGCCUUGGGAGAAACAUCUGCAUCAGCACAGCUCACCGUGUUGAGAAAGGUGGUGGAGGUGAUGAAAGGCCAUGUGGAGGAGGAAAAGGAGCGCUUUGAUCAUUUGGAGGAAGGCAGUGGUGAUGGACAGCUGGCGUCUGGAGAUUACCUGGCAUUAAUUUAGUAAUUAUAAGUAAUUUUAGACUGGACAACAAGGAAAAAAUACUAUCUUUGAACUAACAUGAAUGGAUCUGCUAAUAUUUAGUUUUUUUUAAUUUGUUUGUCAGUCACGGCUCCCCCUCAACUGUAAGAUAAAUAGCUAAUUAAACAUCACGUCUGCUUACACUGACCUUCUUACUGUUUCAUGGCAAUAUAAUAAAGCAGUAUUGU